AUGCACUGCGAAUUACCACCCAGUACCCUCAGCGGCCUUCCAGUUGUGAUUGCACCCCACCAUAUCCUCUCAAACUAUCGAGUGGCUGUGUUGGGGGGUGUGUACAGGCUACCUUCACUCACUUCUCUGCGUUCGUUUCGAGCUCUUCUUGCGCCCAAUUUCCAUUUCUCGUCCAGUGAGUGGCUAAGUUCGGUAUGUUAACUAAAAUUGUUUUUGGCAAGCUAACCAUAUGGCAUCAAUUAAGUGGGCUGCAGAACCAAACGUCGCCAAGUAGUCUGUCUAUAUGCCGUCCAUUGUCACAAAGUCUGGGAUCACAGUUAGCAGAUAUCCAUAGGUAGAACACUGAAGGAAUCACACUUAGAUUAGUUACUGAAGAACUGAAGUUAUCUGGUAAACAGGUAGAUUGUACGUCUAUAACUGCCAAUACGAGUCUCGAGUUUGCAGAUCUUCUUGGACAGAAGGACAGCCACAUUAAUUUGUGUGCCGAAGAAAAGGAGACUUUCUCAAGAAGGCGGGUACUGGCUGUCUAGUUAGGCUCCACUCAAGUACUUUUUUCAUGAGAAGCAGGUUGUGCAAGUUGAUCUACCAGGCACAAUUCAAGGUAGAUGCGUAAAUAUUUUGCUGUUUGGCCUAAAAUGAACGCGACUAGAUCCAACUCCAGGUUUUUUUAGUAUACCUAGCCUAUUUAAAAAGUGCCAAGCUGUGUAUGGAAAGCUGGAACGUUGAGUUAUUCCAGUCAGAAAACGUAUAUUUACGAUUGCGGGUGGGCCAGUCAAUAUGCAUACGGUGAGUGACUGAUCUCAUGAAAUGUUAGCUGAAAUUCUGAAAUGCGUUCCCGAUUAGGAAGGAUUACUUAGGUGGGGUUCUAAUAUUAAUUUUCGUGCAGCAUAAUCUUAAAAUAUUUCGGACUCGGCAGAAUGUCGGCUUUUGAAUACACUUCUUUUCAAUCUCCUGUACUACUCGGUAAAACGUUAAAACUUAAAUAGCAUGCAUUUUUCACAUUGCCUUUCGAUGGUCUUAUAAAUUCAAAUAUGUUUUAUAAAAAACACAAGGAAAAUAUGCUUUUUUACUCAUUUGAUAAGGAACCACGUCAUCUUCAUAUUCCAUACUCGAAGGAGGAGUAUAAUUAGGUUUUGAAAAAGCUGUCGAAUUCCCGAAUACUUUGGAGCGAAAGUAGCCAUUGCAUUAGGGCUUAGUGAUUUCACUCUACAAGGUGCAUGCGUUAUGUUUAAGGGAAAUCAUAUAUCCUUCUAGGCCUUUCGAAAGAUAUUAUUUAGAUUCCAUAACAUUUUGCACUGGAUGCGGACUAUGUUGUACAUUUCAUGAGGAGCAGUGGUAAACGGACAGGAACUAUGCUGUAUGAAUGGACACUGCACAGUCUUAAAACGUCUCAUGAUUAGAAACUUUUUUGAAACCUAAUUAUACUCCUUCUUCGAGUAUAAAAUAAGAAGAUGACGUGGCUCCUUAUCAAACGAGUAAAAAAGCAUAUUUUCCUUGUUUUUUAUAAAAUAUAUUUAAAUUUAUAAGACUAUCGAAAGGCGACGUAAAAAAUGCAUGCUAUUUAAGUUUUAAAUUUUUACCGAGUACUACAGGAGAUUGAAAAGAAGUGUAUAAAAAAACCAACACCCUUCCUAGUCCAAAAUAUUGUAAGAUUAUGCUGAGAGAAAGUCACUAUUAGAACUCCACGUAAGUAAUCCUUCCUAAAUGGAAACGUAUUUCGGAAUUUCUGCUAACAUUUCAUGAGGCCGGUCACCAUCUAAACAUAAACUUGUCCUAUGCUCGCAAAAGCUUUUGGUAUGUCCUAAAGGGGUCCGGGCCAAAGCCUAUUCAAAGACGUCAGCGACUCAGACGCAAAACCAUCUACCAUACAUUUUUUUGAGACAGCUGAUGAGCCGAGUCUCUGCACUGAUCUGCUCGCUAGUAAUAGGACAGUUAACUCCACCUCAGCCACCUGAGGCAAUACUGCUGUCCCGCAGCUCUUAAAACUCCCCUGCCCUUCCAUCAGCACUACUUUUUCUGCCAAUCACAUCGUAUCAUGCCCUACAGAUUGUAAGGCUGAUUAGUUAAAAGCCUGUGCCGUCCGGGGCAAUUAGUGGAGAACCCUGUUCACGAGUAUUUUGUGCUGCGGUGCUCGGUAGAGCUGGCAGUUGGAAGCGAAAAGCCGCGCUACACGGAACGAUCAUCGUGAUUCAUUAUUUUAGACGGUCAGAAAACACAAAUGAAUCACUGUUUCUGCAGUAUAUAGCCAGACUGAGGCUAGGCCAACAAGACUUCAUUAAGCAGGUAAAAUGUAUUGAAAACUACUAAAGUAUGCUGUGAGAAAUUUGUCACGGACUCAGGAGUUGCGGGAGUUUGAGACUGAUCCCCGUGGUCGUCCUGCGGCGUUUUUUCUGUUUCAGACAUCUGGGCCUGCAGAAUGAUCGAUUAUGCCUCAGACAUGGGGUCCUUAUACUGCAGAAAUCGAUGACAGCCAGUUCUUCUCAGAACUGCAAGCGAACUGAAAUUUCCCACCUGAGCGACUAGCCAUCAGGUGGUGUUUAAACAGACGGGUUCGCAGCCUCCGACCAGUUUGUCCAAAUUUCAGCUGCAGUCAUCAUAACCAGGAAACCAUUACGUGUAUAUGAAGGCAGUUUCCUCCUAAUAAACCAGAGGGUCUUAGGGUUUGGUCUCAGAUGGUAAAGUGAAGGUAAGAUGUGGUUAGGUAGCCGCACCUGAUGAACACAGCACUGUUGACAAACUUAAUAAUUUUGAGUUUGAUGUGAUUACGUUGGCAUGGUGUUGCUGUGUGUUGCGGUGUGUGUCCUGUUGGCGGCCUUGUCUCUUUGUUGACGUAUCUACACUUUUUGGCCAAAUGCCGGCGGUCCAUCUGGACUUUCGGCCUGUCAUCCUCUUCUAAAUUUCGCGUUCGAUGUUUCAGAGUUAGGGUUUAGGGCUGCAAUUAAGGGUUAGGGUUGAGGCAGGGUUAGGGGUAAGGGUUAGGGUUAGGGGUUAGGGUUUAGGGGUUUGGGCAACUAUUUCUCAACCACUCAAUGUACAAUCGCGCAUUCCCGGUAGUUAGUUUUUGCAUACAAUUACUUGACCUAAUCGCCUGUGCGUUCUCCGGUGCCACCUGUAAAAACCCUUACCACCACCGGUCCCGUAUUACAGGUAGCUGGGGAUUUUUUUACCUAAAGUCUGACCGAAGUGACUCCUACGAUCUUUGACGUGGCGGUUUUGGCGGAGUUUCGGUAGAUGUAGCAUGGAUGUGGACGAGCAGAGUCGGCGUUCAAAGCGCUUAGAGUUUUCUUUAUAUGCUAUUACGGUUGGACACGGAAAUGUGGCCCCCCCGGUACUACAGAGGGCUUUUCGUUAAAUUCCAGAAUGUACGCUUUCCCGUGCUCUGCCCUUAGACUUGUCCAUGAAAAUAGCACUAGCACUAAGACUAUCUCGCCCGAAAUCUAGCUCAAGGUGACUUGUUAUACGGGGGAGCAUAUAUUCUCGCGCCUUAGCUGUUCUUUCUUUCUGCAGGUCGCCAAGCGGUUCACGUAG